AAAAAACGAAGUGCCACACUAUGCGUACCAGUGCAAUAAACGGAGUUGUCUCGGUGUCCUAAUCUGUGUGUGUCGUGAUGGGAACGGAAAGCCCUCUCGCCCUAUUCGCCCGAAGAAAGACAACGCGUCUCGAGCCGCCCAGCAAAAUGAGCGAUGCAGGCACUGCAAGGCCAAUCUCAGUCUCAUGGAGUGCGACGCCACCUGGAUCACCUAUUAUUACGAAGAUGAUGACCAUGUUGAGCACGUUGUGGGACAACACUAUGGGGAUCACGAACAUCCGAGGCCUCCCACCACAAAACUCACUGCGGCUGAUGAACGCCAGCUCGAUACUCUUGUUCGCCACAAUCCUUCUCAAACAGCACAGCAACUUCGCGUCGCGGCAG